CGCGGGGGCAGGUAGGCCGCAGAUCCUGUGGUCGCCAUGGCAGCCACCAGGAGUGUGAUGAGAGCGGUCCGAGUGCUUGAAUUCGGUGGCCCUGAGGUGCUUAAACUCCAGUCAGAUGUGUUAGUUCCUGUUCCAAAAGAAAACCAGGUAUUAAUUAAAGUGCAUGCCUGUGGGGUAAAUCCUGUUGAGACCUAUAUUCGAUCUGGGACUUAUGCCAGGAAACCAGCUCUACCCUACACUCCUGGCUCGGAUGUGGCUGGGGUGAUUGAGAGUGUUGGGGAGCACGUGACUGCAUUUAAGAAAGGUGACAGAGUUUUCACCCUUGAAACGCUUUCUGGAGGAUAUGCAGAGUAUGCAGUUGCUGCAGCCAAUAGAGUGUUUCCUUUGCCAGACAAACUGGACUUCAGGCAGGGGGCAGCGAUUGGAGUGCCCUACUUCACUGCCUACCGGGCCCUGUUCCAGAAAGGCCGUGCCAAAGCAGGGGAAAGCGUGCUGGUUCAUGGUGCUAGUGGGGGGGUGGGACUAGCAGCAUGUCAGAUUGCCAGAGCUUGUGGUUUGAAGGUUUUGGGUACAGCAGGAACUGAGGAGGGCAUGAAUGUGAUCCUGAGAAACGGUGCUCACCAAGCCUUUAAUCACAGAGACCCGAAUUACACUGAGAGAAUUAAGGCGUGCACAGGGCCGGGGGGAGUCGAUAUCAUCAUAGAAAUGCUCUCUAAUGUCAACCUGGAUGCUGACUUGCAGCUGCUGUCCUGUGCAGGGAGGGUGAUGGUUGUGGGCUGCAGAGGACGCAUCGAGAUCAACCCGAGAGACACAAUGAGCAAGGAGUCCAGCAUCAUUGGAGUGGGUCUGUUUCUUGCAACUGAGGAGGAAAGGCGUGAAUGUGCCACAGCAAUCCUGGAUGGCAUAGAAGCUGGCUGGCUGAAACCUGUUGUGGGCUUGGAAUAUCCCCUGGAGAAAGUAGCCCAGGCUCAUGAAGACAUUAUUCAUAGCAGUGGUGCCCGAGGGAAGAUGGUGCUCCUUCUAUAAAGGAGCACCUUUUUCCAUUUAUUUUGUAGCUGUUCUAACUGCACCUUACGUGGUUCACUGAUUGUAUGUUGUAAACAUACCUUGGAUCAUGUUUGACAGUAACAGAAAAUGCUCACUUAGAUGAAUUAGUUACAUUUUUCUUUUUGUAAUGAGCAGAGUUGCAUUUACUGUAAAGUAAUUUUGGUAGCUUUUUUGAUUAAUGUGGAAAUAAUAAAUUUUCUCUGCUGGUGUGCUUUGUGCUGCAGGGGAUGGUCAGGUUUGGUAUCAUGGUCCGUGUGAAGGCAGUGAGGCCUGUAGGUAACACAGAAUGAAGUUGCUUUUUUUACAGAUACACAAAACUAAAUAACUCACUAGGCAUGUUAAUUAGAACUGUAAAUUCUUUUAGCCACAAAAUUUGUACUCAAAUUUUGUCACAUAAUUUACUUGAAAUAAAAGCUUUUACUGACAAAAUAGUUUACUUUCCAGCUCAAAAUAUGGGCAGAAUCUCUCAAACAUGAACUGCUUGGAGCAGAGGCAGUUCUACUCGUCUGUGCCUCUAAGCUGAGGUGGCAGUGUCCUGGCUCAUCCAUAGGGUCUGUCACUCUGGAGCUGCAUGCUGGGAUUUUCCCCUUUGGAACUGAUGCUCAUCACCAAAGCAGCUGGAUGUAAAUGGCUGGUUGUGAAGAUUUCAGUUCUUCCUGUGACCUGUAUUAAAGUCUCCUGGAUCCCUGGCUGCA